AGUGCAAUGUAGCUUCUAUCCGGAGUGUAGGGUGAAUACAGGGUUAAGCUAGCUCCCUCCUUGGUAGGAGGGAAAGGAGGGGGAGGGGGAACUAAGCAUUCUGUCUCGCCGCCCGCCGGGUACCUUGCAGUUAGUUGUACAUUUCAAAGCGGUCGCCAUCACUCGUGAGUUUGGCGUCAUCCAUUGUCACCACCGAGGAAUGUGCGCUGGGAGAUAACACCAAGUGCAGGGCCUCUCAAAACACUCAGAGCCCUCUCUGCUUCCAGGUGCGCUCCUUUCUGAUCCUCCGUCCCGAGUUUCCAGCAGCCAGAAGCAGCAGCUCACAACGGGUCACGGCGUCCACCGAGCCUCAGGACCAGGGUGUCAGUUCUCAACGAUGGGCAGGAGGGACCUCGGCGGCGACCCCUAAAACAAUACCAUGCCCGGAGAGUCCCUCUGCUGCCGUGCCAGCUUCUUCCCUUUCCACCUCCCCGACCCGGUCGGAUUCGGAUGAGCUAAGGAGACAAGACCACCAGAUUGAAGACUGUUUAGCCAAGGAAUUUCUAGGCUGCUCUAUGCUGGCCUGACUUACUAUAGAAGAAGCAAGAUUUGCCUGCCUGGCUGGACUUCUAUUGGCAGUACUUACCACUUGGCAUCACUCUUUGCUUGUGUGGAAAAUUCUCCCUUUUGAGUCGUUUUGCACAUGGAGGACCACUGCAUGAGGGCAACAUAGGCAGAUCAGACUAAAGACAUCGGAAAGAUUGUUUCACCAUCUGCCCUCAGGUCAUUUCUUCUAACAGAAGUUUGGACUUUGACAGAACCUGUUCCAGUCAUUUUGCUUUUGCUUUUUGUUUUUGCUAUUGUUUGCUAUUCUUUUGUUUUUAAUUUUCCCCCUCCAUCACAUUGUAUUUUAUUUCUGUCUUUCAGCAAUGGGCCUGCAGACUACAAAGUGGCCCAGCCACAGGGCUUUUUUUCUAAAAUUUUGGCUUAUCAUUUCCCUGGGGCUCUCCUCACAAGUGUCAAAACUCCUGGCCUGCCCUAGUGUAUGCCGUUGUGACAGGAACUUUGUCUACUGUAAUGAGCGAAGCUUGACCUCAGUGCCUCUUGGGAUCCCGGAGGGCGUAACCGUACUCUACCUCCACAACAACCAAAUUAAUAAUGCUGGAUUUCCUGCAGAGCUGCACAAUGUACAGUCAGUGCACACGGUCUACCUUUAUGGCAACCAACUGGAUGAAUUCCCCAUGAACCUUCCCAAGAACGUCAGAGUCCUCCAUCUGCAGGAAAACAACAUUCAGACCAUCUCUCGUGCUGCUCUCGCUCAGCUCCUGAAGCUGGAAGAACUACACCUAGACGACAAUUCCAUAUCUACAGUAGGGGUAGAGGACGGAGCUUUCCGAGAGGCAAUUAGCCUCAAACUGUUGUUUUUAUCAAAGAAUCACCUGAGCAGCGUGCCUGUUGGACUUCCUGUAGACUUGCAAGAGCUGAGAGUGGAUGAAAACCGAAUUGCAGUCAUAUCAGACAUGGCCUUUCAGAACCUCACUAGCUUGGAGCGUCUGAUUGUGGAUGGGAAUCUCCUGACCAACAAGGGCAUUGCUGAGGGCACCUUCAGCCAUCUCACCAAGCUCAAAGAAUUUUCCAUAGUCCGGAACUCGCUCUCCCACCCACCUCCUGACCUCCCAGGUACGCAUCUGGUCAGGCUCUACUUGCAGGAUAACCAGAUAAACCACAUCCCACUGACAGCCUUCUCCAACCUCCGUAAGCUGGAACGGCUAGAUAUCUCCAACAAUCAGCUACGAAUGUUAACUCAAGGGGUCUUUGAUCAUCUCUCCAACCUGAAACAGCUCACUGCUCGGAAUAAUCCUUGGUUUUGUGACUGCAGUAUUAAGUGGGUCACAGAAUGGCUCAAAUAUAUCCCGUCUUCUCUCAAUGUGCGGGGUUUCAUGUGCCAAGGUCCAGAGCAAGUCCGGGGAAUGGCUGUCAGGGAGCUGAAUAUGAAUCUUUUAUCUUGUCCCACUACAACUCCUGGCCUACCAGUCUUCACCCCAGCUCCAAGUACAGUUUCUCCAACAACUCAGUCUCCUACUCUUUCUGUUCCAAGCCCCAGCAGAGGCUCUGCGCCUCCAGCUCCUACCCCAUCGAAACUUCCCACCAUCCCUGACUGGGAUGGCAGAGAAAGAGUGACUCCACCUAUUUCUGAAAGGAUCCAACUUUCCAUCCACUUUGUUAACGAUACUUCGAUUCAAGUCAGCUGGCUGUCUCUUUUUACUGUGAUGGCAUACAAACUGACAUGGGUGAAAAUGGGCCACAGUCUCGUAGGGGGCAUUGUCCAGGAACGAAUUGUCAGUGGUGAGAAGCAGCACCUGAGUUUGGUUAAUUUAGAGCCUAGAUCCACCUAUCGGAUUUGUUUAGUGCCACUGGAUGCAUUUAACUACCGCACUGUGGAAGAUACCAUCUGCUCUGAGGCCACUACCCAUGCCUCUUAUUUGAACAAUGGCAGCAACACUGCUUCCAGCCACGAGCAAACAACUUCCCACAGCAUGGGCUCCCCUUUCCUGCUCGCAGGUUUAAUUGGGGGUGCAGUGAUUUUUGUGCUCGUAGUUUUGCUCAGCGUUUUUUGCUGGCACAUGCACAAAAAGGGACGAUACACCUCCCAGAAAUGGAAAUACAACAGGGGCCGACGGAAAGAUGACUAUUGUGAGGCUGGCACCAAAAAAGACAACUCCAUCCUGGAGAUGACGGAAACCAGUUUUCAGAUCGUCUCCUUAAAUAACGAUCAGCUUCUUAAAGGAGAUUUCAGACUGCAGCCCAUUUACACCCCAAAUGGGGGCAUUAAUUACACAGACUGCCACAUCCCCAACAACAUGCGAUACUGCAACAGCAGUGUGCCAGAUCUGGAGCACUGCCACACGUAACAACAGCCAGAGGUCCCACGUUAGAAAGGUGGACAACCAAGCUCUCAAGAACACACAUGUGUGUGCACAUAGAGACACGCAAAUUACAUUUGAUAAAUGUUACCCAGAUGCAUUUGUGCAUUUGCAUACUCUGUAAUUUAUACGGUGUACUAUAUAAUGGGAUUUAAAAAAAAGUGCUAUCUUUUCUAUUUCAAGUUAAUUACAAACAGUUUUGUAACUCUUUGCUUUUUAAAAUUAAAAAAAAAAAUGUUGCUGAAGUACUGUACUGGGUUGUACAAUGAGGACCCAAUGCCAAGGCAGAAGAACGAGUGAUUCAUACUUAAGAUGCAUAUUAACCACUUUGCUGUUGAAGCUGUCAGAAUAAAUCCCUUCUCUAGAGCUGAUAGUCACAUGAAAGGAUAGAUUCAGAUGGGCUCAGAUGGGUAAGAGGGAUAGUUUGAGUAAAGAGAGAAUGGCCUAGUUAUUUCUAUGUUUUCUAUACCUCCUGGCCUGGAAGAAACGCUGUUUGAAAAAUUCAUGGUGUAAUAGUAGAGAUAGUUAUUCCAAUUUGACCCAGUGCAAGAAAUAGAACAUCAUAAGGAAGCCAGUUCCCAUAAGAUAAGUUAGGCCUACUUGACCAAAUGAAAGAAACUGAGAGAUUUGAAAUGUCCUUAAACCAGGGUUGGCUUUCUGACUGUGAACUUCAACCUCACUCUUCAUGCUUCCCUGGCCUUGUAUGAUAACAGAGUUGGAAACCUGAGUCUGAUUCUAGUCAUCUUCAGGGACCAAUAUGAUCUCUUCUAGCAAGAAAAUUCCCCUCAAAACUGUCACUAUUCAAAUCACAUGUCAGGUUGAAUCAUAUCCAACAGAGUUAUAUUCUAGAAUAAUUUUUUUAGAAGAGGCUAAUAAAAAUAAUGGGAAGAAUUAUAUUGAAUGGAAUUAUUUUUGAUAAUGAAAAUUAUUUGGGUAGAUUCACUGAGGCUAUAUCAACAUGGUGUUUAGACCAACAAAGAACAGUGUUUGGAAUAUUUUACAGUAAUAUGUUUAUUUAAAAAGUACUAAUACCACUUAGAAAAAAAUCAGUGAUUCUCUUACACUGUGUCCGCUGACUUUGUUUGUAUCAUGUUGAAAUAGCUUGAAUUAAUACCUAUACCCCCUUUCAAAUUCUUGUCUUCCAAUCAUCUUGCAUAUAUAUUUUUUGUGAUUAUGUUGUAUAUGCCACCUGUGUUUCCCCCCUCUACUUGGUAUUUCAAAGAAAAUUAUGGACACAAAUCUUGAUCGCACAAAAUAUCCCUGUGCAUUUCUACAUAAUAAAAUCCAUAUUAACAUUCAUUGCCAAUGAUUCUGUGAAGACACCAAAACUGGCCAAAACAAUGCGUAUUGUUAAAAAGCAAUACUCUGUUUCUGUUUUGAUUUAACUUUGAUCCUUUUCCACAUUCCAAAUUCCAUUUGUUCUUUUUAGAUUGUGGAUGUCCUUCUAUUUUGCUAAUGAUAGGGUGAUAAUCUUAUGCUAAAAGACUACCAGUGAAAAUGAAUAAGUCAGAGAAGACAAGGUUUCUCUAGCCAUGGCAUAGAAAGGACAAUAGCAGAGGGUAGAGGAAAGAGGGAUGUCCAUUAUUGAUGCUAGGUAUUUUUUGAAGUAUGUCCAUUUCCAGAAAACAUGCAUAAUUUACCCCAAUUCUUGUCAUCCCUUAGGUGUAGAAGGGCUAUAGACCACAUACAUUGUCUAAAGAAAUUUACCCUUGGGGAAUUCUUUUCAAAGCCUCAUUUAGGCAUUUCAUUCUGUGUUCCUUUACAGUCAUCCAUCACUUUAGGGACUCAUGAAGUAAAUGUCACACUCUUCUUGCUUUCUCUUUCUCUCUAAGCAAAAUAAAACUGUGAUUUGUCUUCUUGUAAAAAUUUAGGUAUAAAAUGCUAUGCAAGCUUUUCUUUAUAGCAAGAGCUUUAUUUUCUUUAAUAAUAUACCCUGACUUAUAUGUUUUAAUCUCCCUCACCCCUCAGAAUAAGCAGAAAAUAUAACUGCAUUGAUAAUGUUAUAGACACAAGCAUUGAAACUGUGCAGUCAGUAGAGCUGAACAUAGUUAUGAAUUAAUUUAAUUAAUUCUGAAGUGACUCGGGUUUCCUCUUUAGUCUCUUAGCUAGAGGGUUUGGGCUGUUGGUUUCUGGAAAGUAGGUUCACACAGUGAAGGAAUAAGACCAUCUGGAAUGGUGAUCAGUGUAGCGUUACAUCAUCUAAAAUCAGGACAAUGACAUGGGUUUCUGUGUAUUAGCUGAAUGUUUUCUUUUCAUUGUUCUCUUGCCUUUCACUAUAGGUAAGACUGUGUGCUGAGAAAUAUAAUGGUACUUUGAUUUUUGAGGCUUUUUAUUUUGUUAUAAACAAGAUAAUCAUUCUUAUCUCUUUGUAAUGUAUGUCUGACUCCCAGAGGGAUUUGUGGCCAUGGAAAUGUCUUUUCUUUCUUCCAGGAGGAAGAGCAGAGAGGUUCCCACAAUAUUGUAUGGCACCCACAACACUACUGAGAGUUGAAGUGAUGCUAUAGAGGCCCAGUCAUGUAAUAUGGUUAAGAUACUUUCAAAAUUGCCCAGGUAGCAGGUGUUUCUGGAAAAAGCAAAUCUUUAUUUUGAUCUUAUGAGCAACACAGCAAAGACAUCUACCAUGAAAAUCAGACUACCAUCUGUAAUAGUGUGCUUGAGGGACUCCUACAUCAUAGCUGAAAUCAAAUUAUAUAAUCUGUACCAGCUUAUGAAAUUUAAAAAAACAAAAACAAAAAAACAGAUGAGCAGCAAUCCUUACUGGAUGCCAUUUUGGCUGACAUCUUUCAUCAGGAAUUUGCCCUGCAGUUAUAUUUCCUCUGUGUUUGGUCCUCUCUCAGCCAGUAUUUAUUUUGAGGUGGUUAGUUAAGAAUCAAAGGAGAGUUGAUCUCAGAUAGUGUCACAGCCUGACAGUACAAUAACUAUACCUAUACAGAGGAUAUUUCCUUGUAAAAGGAAAAGGAAAACCUGGUCACACAACUGUUAUCAGUGGUUAAAUAGAAGGUAGUCACCUAUACCUCCUUGCUUGUAGAGAUGCAAACGACCCUAGGGAGACUCUGGGUUUCACUUAAACACUUAAACACUUAAACACUCACUACUGCCUUGGCUUGGCAGUAUAAAACUUCGGACAAUCACAGCAGACAUGAGAAGGGAGUUUCCCUGUUUAUGAUAUAAGUAGAAAAAUCUUCCCUUGUGAGAAAUAAUGCUUUUUCUAACUAUUCAGAUGGUUGCUGAAACAAUAUUAGACUUUUCUCUCAAGGGUAAAAACAAAAACUAUAAUGUGAUCUUUUAGAAAAAAUAUAUUAAUGGCAUCACUAAUAUUACACCUCUGUUUCUUAAUAAUGGAGGUCAUAAUGGUCUUAGUCAUGCCACACAGAGAGAACUUCCUUCCCCCCUGGAGAAAACAUGGCUCUUCAUGUGAGGAGAGCAUCCAUUCCAAAUACAAAGCACCAUUGUUUUCUUCAAAGGCAGGUGCCACACUGGAUCAGCAAAUUUCAUCUGCAGCAUCCCCUGUGGUUUUUGACAAUGAAGUGGUUAAUUUUAAUUGAUGUCUUUGUUUAUAGCAUUUAUCUCUGACCUAUCAAAAGGGAACAUUAGUUGAUUUAGAACCUAAGGAUGACACAUAUGCUCAUAACUUACUCUUCCCACUGAAUGGGAAAGCAAAACAGAAGAGUGCCCAACCAGAAAAUGAUACACACACAAAACAAAAACUCUCAAUUUUUAAUCUUGCCAAAUUUAGCUUCUUUUCUGUUUUUUAAGUUAAAAUAAGUAAUGAUAGGAAGCUGUAUCUAUACCCUUCUUCAGUUUCAUCAACGGGAUUGAAGCAAUUGUUGACAAUGGGGAUGCUUUUCACUGAUUGUGGGGAAAACAUUUUGUACACAGUAUGAUACUGUUUUAGCAAACCAGGUUGUUUUGUUAUAGUAUUUGGUUUUUUAGCUACACAUACACCAGAAGAGCACAAACCAAGGCCAUUGCAACAGGCAUUUUUAAAUUAAUACAAAACAUGCAAAUCCAUGCAUACAUAUCCAUGGGGUGUUUGUAAAUUGUCUGUGGGAUGUGAGAUUUGUAACCAUUUAUGACAACAUGAGGCAUCACCACUGUAUGCCCUCAUAGGAUAAUAUUUACUGAACGUUAACUUUGAUGAUCUGUCACUGUUUGAAGCAUAUAUUGAUUUGAUUCUGGUUUGUGUUUAGUGUGUUUCUCUGACAAGGGACUGCAAGGGGCUGGAAGAUUCUGUGUCAUGCAUCCUCUGAGACCUACCAUGUUGCACACUUUGUUAACUUCAGACUUCACUCUACACUAUAUAGUACCUUGUUGAUAUAUUCAGUAAAGGCUUAUUUUAAAAGAAAA